AUGGCGGCGGCGACGCUGACAGACCGGGCUCAGGGCUGUGUGACCUUCGAGGAUGUCUUUGUUUACUUCUCCCGGGAGGAGUGGGGGCUCCUUGAUGAGCCUCAGAGACUCUUGUACCGUGAUGUGAUGCUGGACAACUUUGCAUUGGCGGCCUCUUUGGGUUGUUGGCGUGAAGCAGAGAAGGAGGAGACCCCUUGUAAACAGGACGUUUGUGUGGGAGGAGGAGUGUCACAAGUUAUGGCUCUGUCCAACCAGAAAGCCAAGCUCUGUGAGAGGUCUGACCCACACCCCAAGCAGAAACCCUACGUGUGUGGGUCAAGUGUGGGAAACCUCUUACGUGGUGCAAAGUUUGGCCAGCAGCAGGAGCAACACAGUGGAGAGACUCCGCCUGGGAAGGCUGAUGCUCAGGCCACGUUUGUGAAGAGCCGCGUGGUCCACAUUUCUAGGUGGCCCUUCAUGUACAGGGAGGAAGGAAUGGACAUCCUGGACAGCCCUGGCCUCCUCCAGCAGCAGACCACUCACGCUGGUGCGAGCUCAUCCCCAAUGACUGAGUGCACAAAGGGCUCCCUGCAGAGCCCCACUCUCGGGCAGCCCCACAGCCCCCACGCGGCUCAGACACUGGUCACGUGUAGUGACUAUGAUGAAGCGCUUGUGAAGACGUUCACCCUGGACAGCUGGAUUGCUCAGACUGAGAGACCCUUCAGGUGUCUCGCAAGUGGAAAUGCUUUCGAGGAGAAAGCAACUCUUAUUAGAUGCAGAAAAGCUCACAGUGGAGAUACAGUUCAUGUGUGUAAGGAGUGUGGAAAGGCCUUCACUCACCUGUACCACCUCAGAACACACCUGAAAUUUCACACCGGUAAAAGGCACUACACAUGCAGUGAGUGUGGGAAGGCCUUCAGCCGCAAAGACACUCUUGUCCAGCACCAGAGAGUCCACACUGGAGAAAGGUCCUAUGACUGCAGCCAAUGUGGGAAGGCCUACAGCCGAAGCUCCCACCUGGUUCAACACCAGAGGAUCCACACUGGAGAGCGGCCUUAUAAAUGUGAUGAGUGUGGCAAGGCCUUCAGCCGCAAAGACACGCUCGUCCAGCACCAGAGAUUUCACACUGGAGAACGGCCCUAUGAGUGCAGCGAAUGUGGGAAAUUCUUUAGUCAAAGUUCCCACCUUAUUGAGCACUGGAGAAUCCACACUGGGGCACGGCCCUAUGAGUGCAUCGAAUGUGGGAAAUUCUUUAGUCAAAGUUCCCACCUUAUUGAGCACUGGAGAAUCCACACUGGGGCACGGCCCUAUGAGUGCAUCGAAUGUGGGAAAUUCUUUAGCCAUAACUCCAGCCUCAUUAAACAUCGGAGAGUCCACACAGGCGCCAGGUCCUACGUGUGCAACAAAUGCGGAAAAGCCUUCAGCUGCAAAGACACACUUGUUCAGCACCAAAUAAUUCACUCCGGAGUGAGGCCAUAUGAGUGCCUUGAAUGCGGGAAAGCUUUCAGCCGCAAAGACACGCUCGUUCAACACCAGAAGAUCCACACUGGAGAACGGCCUUAUGAGUGUGGCGAAUGUGGGAAAUUCUUCAGCCAUAGCUCCAACCUUAUCGUCCACCGGAGAAUUCACACUGGAGCAAAGCCUUACAAAUGCAGCGAAUGUGGUAAAUGCUUCAGCCAUAACUCCAGCCUCAUUUUGCACCAGAGAGUCCACACAGGAGCGAGGCCUUAUGUUUGCAGUGAAUGUGGGAAAGCCUACAUCAGUAGCUCCCACCUUGUCCAGAACAAGAAAGUCCACACUGGAGCAAGACCUUAUGAGUGCAGUGAAUGUGGGAAAUGCUUUAGCCGCAACUCCAGUCUCGUUUUACACCAACGAGUCCACACUGGAGAAAAGCCUUAUGUGUGUGGCGAAUGUGGGAAAGCCUACAUCAGAAGCUCCCACCUUGUUCGGCACAGGAAAGUGCACACUGGGGACAGGCCUCCUGAGUCUUAUGAACGCAGCGAAUGUGGGAAGAUCUUUAACCAAAACCACAGCCUCAUUAAACAUCAGAACUCACAAGGUGAAAAGGCUAUGAACGUAAUGAAGGCAUGA